GUUAUUUGUGGCGGGAAAGCAGCCGCGGGGGCCGGGGCGGAGGGAGGGGGCGUCGGCCGUCGGUGGGCUCGAUGGGACGCGGCGGCGGCGAGGCCUAGCCUCCACCCGGCCAGCCCCGGCGGGACGAGGAGGAGAAAGCCGGCCUGCUGAAAAGUGAAUCCGAUUCCACGCCCAUCCCCCCCUCAACCCGCCACUUUCUGUAGUAACAUUCCUGCCUCCCUCCCUCUCGCUCUCGGCCUCGGCUUUGCUUAUUAUUCCUUCCACCUGCCUCCCCUUCGUGCCCUGGAAGUGGAAGGGUACGAAGAGGGCCGACCGAUCGUCGUCUUCGUCGCUGCCGGCAGGGCGGAUGUCGGACCGGGAGCUCCCACCGCUGCGAUCAAUCAGAAUUACAGGGGACGGGAGGUGCCUGUUCCGGUCCGUCGCCUACGGGGCCUGCAUAAGGAGAGGCAAGCAGUCGCCGAGCGACAGCGUCCAGAAGGAACUCGCCGACGAGCUUCGAGCAAAGGUUGCAGAUGAGUUCAUCAAGCGAAGAGGAGAUACCGAAUGGUUCCUCGAAGGCAAUUUCGAGAGCUAUGUGCGCAAGAUGAGGAAGCCUCACGCCUGGGGAGGAGAACCUGAGCUGCUCAUGUGCUCACAUGUUCUUGGGAUGCCCAUCACCGUCCACAUGUACACCAAGGGCGCCGAUAACCCCAGGAUCAUAGCAGAAUAUGGUCAGGAGUAUGGCAAGGACAACCCGGUCCGUGUUCUUUACGACGGUUAUGGGCACUACGACGCGCUGCAGCCAUCUCUUGUAAGAACACAACCAAGACUGAGAGGAGCGUAGCUAACCGGAGAAUGACGCGGUCGCGCUAUGUAAGCUUCUUCUACUACUUCUUCUACUACUACAACACUGCAACUUGGUUUCGUUCGAGUUGGCAGAUCGCGGUAUAGCACAUAUGGAAGUCCAGCCCGGGUUCGCUGCUCUGUCGUUCGAUCUUCUUCGAGGCUGAUGUAUAAAUAAGCUUCGCGUGUGUAACUCCUGAUCCAGUCAGGGAAUUUAACUGCAUAAACUUACACUGCGUUCAGCUUAAAAUGGAGUGUUUUGUGUAAAUUCUGGAAUAUUUUACUCUGAAAGCUUGCUGAUGGACAUUUGAUUCGCUGACAAUUGCUUCGAAGCAACUGAAUUCUCACGGCAAAUGCGAAUACAAUCUUAUCUUGUUA